UUGUGUGUGUGUGUGUGUCUUACCUUAGCUAAGCCAAUACGCUGGCAAGUAGCCAUCCAACCUUGUCGGAGUCCCCCAAUUCUGACUGCAAGGCCGGACUCCCUUCUUGUCUCCCGUUGGCCGGUUGGAUAAUUGUGAUAACUAGACUUUCACUCCUCUCGUCGUACCUUCCUUGCUUGUUCCAAUUUGGAAAGGAAACAGCACACGCCAAAGAAACAAAAACAAAACCUCCGAUCCGGCAUGGGAGUUUGUUAAAUAAGCGAAGAAAAGGGAGACAUUCACGAAGAACCUGGUAAAGUAGAGAGACAAGGAUCGGUACAGCAAACAAGAACUGCAACAGGUCGCCCAAGAUGCCCCUCCGCGGACCCGUGCCGGUGAAGCUGUGCAAGAAGGAGGACAGCGAGGUGGUCCGCGUAGGGCCCAUGACGGUUUACAUCUUCGAGGACGGCAGCAACACAGACAACCGGAUCGGGUGCAUGACGCUGGAGCUGCCGCCCGCGGCAUCCGGGCCGCCGAUGCACUGGCACCGCUUCCACGACGAGUGCUUCCUCGUGACCAAGGGGACGGUCCGGUUCACGACGCCAGAUGGGGACGUCGACGCUGAGGAGGGGCAGCUGAUGGUCGUGCCGCCGCGGGCGAUCCACACCUUCUCCAACCCGUCAGAGACCGAGCCGGCCGAGUUCUUCAUGACGUCUACCCCAGGAUACUACAUGGAUUACUUCCGCACCAUGAGCAAGACCGUCGCCGAGGGGAAGAAGCUGUCCCGGGAGGAGACGCAGCACCUGAUGGCCCUCUUCGGGACAUUCCCGCCGGAUGUGGAGUCGGAGCCGUAGGCUGGGGCCGGCAAUGGUCAAUGGAUGUGCCCCCUAUCUCUCUUUAUCUCUCUCUUUAUAUCUCUCUAUCUCUCUCUCUCUCUCAGAGGGUUUUCGGGGGCAUCAAUGGAGAAAUCGAAUGU